AAACCCUCAUUUUAGUGCAUCUCCUGGUGGUACCAUCCAACAUGUCUUCCUUAAGUGGGAAAGUCCAAACUGUCUUAGGUCUUGUGGAGCCAAGCAAACUGGGCCGCACCCUGACCCAUGAGCACUUGACCAUGACCUUUGACUUCUGUUACCACCCACCUCCUCCAUGCCAUGAAGCUACCUCCAAGGAACCCAUCAUGCUGAAAAAUUUGUUUUGGAUCCAGAAAAACCCCUAUUCCCAUAAAGAGAACCUUCGAUUGAAUCAGGAGACAGAAGCCGUAAAGGAAGAAUUAUUAUAUUUUAAAGCUAAGGGUGGAGGGUGUUUGGUGGAGAACACAACCUCUGGGAUUAGCCGAGAUAUGCAAACAUUGAAGAGGCUUGCAGAAGAGACUGGCGUCCAUAUUAUAUCCGGAGCUGGGUUUUACGUGGAUGCGACUCACUCCUCAGAGACCAGAGCCAUGUCAGUGGAGCAGUUGACUGAUGUACUUGUUAAUGAAAUUCUCCACGGAGCUGAUGGAACUGGUAUCAAGUGUGGUGUCAUUGGAGAAAUCGGUUGCUCCUGGCCUUUGACUGAGAGUGAAAGAAAGGUUCUCCAGGCAACAGCUCAAGCCCAAGCCCAGCUUGGUUGUCCUGUUACUAUCCAUCCUGGACGGAACCCAAGUGCACCAUUUCAGAUUAUCCGAGUAUUGCAAGAAGCAGGAGCAGACAUCUCCAAAACAGUCAUGUCACAUAUGGACAGGACUAUACUUGACAAGAAGCAGCUACUGGAAUUUGCUCAACUCGGCUGUUACUUGGAAUAUGAUCUCUUUGGUACUGAACUUCUUCAUUACCAACUCAGCCCGGAUAUUGACAUGCCUGAUGAUAACAAAAGAAUUAGAAGGGUGCGUUUCCUGGUGGAUGAGGGCUACGAAGAUCGAAUUCUGAUGGCUCAUGACAUACAUACGAAGCAUCGGUUGAUGAAAUAUGGAGGUCACGGCUAUUCUCAUAUCCUCACCAACGUUGUUCCGAAAAUGUUACUGAGAGGCAUAUCUGAGAAUGCACUUGAUAAGAUUCUAAUAGAGAAUCCUAAGCAAUGGCUGACUUUCAAAUAGGAUGUUGAUUAUGAAACUUGCAGAGAACAUUCAGUGAUUUCCAACCCAGUGUGAGAUAUUAAUCGGAGUUACCUAGGACUAAUCACUGAUCAUUUCCUUAUGAGAAUUAGAAGAGUGUGCCUUCUCAGAACCUGGCUGAGUACUGUUAAACCUGCACCUCUAGGGAGUUAUGGAGCCUAAUUGAGUUCUAUCAUUUUGCCUUAACAAAAUACUUACAGAAGUGCCUAUUUCUAAACAAUGAUUUAGUCCACUCUAGUUCGUCUAACUGGAGUUGCUUUUGUUUUGGGGUUUUUUUCCCCCUAAUCUGUCAGCUGUAUAAGUUGAGACAAUUUAAAUUGUUUCUGGUUAAAUCAUUCCCUUCUCAAGAAAUCUAAUGUUUCUUGUAAUAUUGAUGAUCCUACUAAUUAUCCUGCUGUUCUUUAAUUAAUGCUUAAUGAAUAAUAUGGCACUUUAAAAUAGCUUCUGCAGCAAGGGGAGUUAAAUGUUGAGACUCUUUUUUUUCCCCCAAAGAAUACUGUCAGAUAAUAACCAAUUCACAGUGAUAAAAAUAUUUUCAAAAGUUAAUGUUAUGCUGUCACCUAUCUGUAUAUCCUUAUAAUAAAUCAGUUUUGAUAUCUUUGGCUUUCUGGUAUCUAUUUUUGUCAUAAUUCUGUUGUGUUUUUUCAAAGCCUACAUAAGAACACAUAACAGUACUGAAUUGUAAAAAUUCAAUCAUGAAAGUCAAAAUAUAUUACAUAAUAUAGUUUAAUGAAUCAUUACAUUUAUAAUAACAAAGGCCACAAUUUAAUUAAUUGAUAAGAUAUAAUGCAAAAGAAAAAGAAAUGUUUGCCUCAUAUAUAUUCCCUUUAUUUCCUUUACCGUUUGUUUUUCCUUGGGCCUAAACAGAGAAAAUAAUGUGAAUUUAUCUGAAGAAAAGGUCAGAUCUAUUGGAAAUGACAGUUCAAUUCUAGAGCCUACUCUUUAAAAGUUAUCCAGCCCUGAUAUUUUGUGUAAAUAAAACCUUAAAAGUCUUAAUUGAAACACUUAGUUGAUGUGCACUGCUGUUUAUAAAUUAAUCUUUUGUUUGACUCCUCACUGUGUUAGUUGGUACCUAAAAAAAAAUUCUCCAAACCCUUGCUGUCAAUUCCUCUUGGAUAAGUAUAUAUUGUGAAAUAGAAAUAAAAAUCCAUUGUGAUUCAUUUAUUAGAAAGGCCAAAUAGAAUUAGCCAUUAUUCUUGAUGAAUGGUCUGUUUUUAAUCAUAUAAAUCAUGACAGUUAUCCAGACCAAGGCGUUAAAACAGAGCAAACAACACCUUCAGACAGGAACACCAUGCAUAACUCUUGGAAAGUUGAGCUCGUCUAAAUAAAAGAUAUUUCUGCUGAUCAAAGAUGAUCUGCGUUCUGUGUAUUAGAACAGAAAGUACCAAAGAGGAAUGAGCCAGGAGAACAAACCAGUUCCUUUAAAUGAAAAAAUGCAAAUGUCCUUUGCCAGUAAAACAAGCAGAUUUUUAAAUCUCUGUUUUUGAAAUCUACUUGUCAAAGAGUCUUCAAAGGCAACUGAAUGGCAAACAGAUUUCUCAUUGUAAUAGUGAAAAAUAGUUAGGAGAUAUCAACAUGCAUUUUUAAUCUUUUCCUUCAAUUAAAGACAUGACUUUUGGCAGUGUGUUUUAACCAGAAAGAAGGGAUGUGCAUUACUCUCAAAAUCUACUGUACUGUCAGUUUCAAUCCAUCUGAGGAAAAAAAAAUGAAAAAACUGAUAACUCAAAUGCAUAUAAUUCAUAAACAUUGCGAAAGAGAGCCAUUUUGUUUCUGCAGUUCUCAUGUUAACAGUCUGCAGCAGAAUGCAGUUAAAGUAUUGAUUGGCAUAUGGUAAUAAAGCAACCAGAGCCUUAGCUUACAGACCUGUAAAAUAUAGGGCGUUUAACUUAAAAAAAAUAAUAAAUUUCUGGGUAAGUCCUAAAAGGAAGUCAUUUUAAUCAUUUUGCUACUCCAUAUAAUUUUUGGCAUUUAAAAUAUAUUUUGAUCUAAAAUAAGUUAAAUAAUUUAUAUAUAUUUGUGUGUCUGUGUGUGUCUAUGCAUAUACUUUAAAUUAAAAUUUUGAGGCUAUACAGCCACUGUGCCUUAUGGACUGAAGCCAUAUAUGUAUAUAUGGCUCAUUUUACAUAUAUAUAUAAAACAUUUCAUCUAACAUGUAUGUAUAUGGGACUGCGUGUGUGGGGGGCAGGUAUUUAUAUAAAAUAUAAACAGUUUGUUGUCAUAUUGGCUAUAUAUGAAAUUGUUAAUUUUGAAAUAACCUCAGGCCACAGACUUGUAGUAACCGUUUGAAGGCCUACCUAGUGUCCCCUUGGUGACGCAUGCAGCAGCUCAAAUUAAACCUUUGUGCAUUGGGUUAUGAAUAAUCUUUUGUUCAAAAGAAGGCAAAAGCCUCAGAUUGAUUUAAUACUAAAGAAUACAUUUCUCUGACUUUC